UGCAUAUUUUCUUUUCUUGCAAAGUUGUUGAAGUCUGCCUGCCAUCUAAAUUUCUAAAAAUCUAAUCUCCUGCAAACCGUUCUGUUCCUAGUUUGCGGCUUCGCGCUGCAAGCAUCCUCGCUGUUUCCGCUUGGGCUUGGCAACGUGGUGCCUGAACCUGCGCUUGUUCCUGUGCCAACGGCCCCGCUUGCCCGCCUUCCUGGGACAGUGUGCCAACACGACGACGAAUCGGCGCGCAGACGCUCCGAGGGCCCUAAGUCCCCGGAAAACGUGCACCUCACGUUUUACUAUAUCACAGUAUCUCUCUGUUCGAGACGAUCGGACUGCCGCUCGACAACCCUGUGUCAACCACGGGCGGGGAUUGAAUAGCGCCACCCAGACACGCAGCGGCCGAUUGGGAGAGAGAUUCAAAACGUCGUUUCCGCAGCAAGGAGAAGCACACUCAUAUCAUACACUUCCCUGCCGCAUUUGGUGUCACAGCCGAGAACUCCGAAGCUGGGAACCAAUCCCUUCCUGCGCCAAAGGAUCUUCGCUGAGAAGCUUUUGUGGCGGAUGAGAUUGUUGGGCGCCCGACGGAACGUACCCAACCAGUUCGCUUGAGAAACCUCCGCAACUCUCCAACUAUUUCCCAAGAAUCGGCGACGACACCCGAUCGCACUCCGACAACACUCGCCAUCAUGUUGUUCGCAAUUAUGUUCGCCUUUUGGCGCUUCGCCGAGAUCGUCACACUGAUCCCCAUCACGGGCAUGCUCGCCUGGUUCGUGGACGGCUACCUGGAUGCUAACGUCAUGACGCCGGCGCACAUCCUGAUCCUCUUCAUCGUCUCGGUGCUGGCGCUGGCCUGGUCCAUCUUCACGCUCUUCAGCUACCACCGGUCGUCGGCCAAUGCGCACUUCGUGGCGCUGGUUGACCUUGCCUUCGUCGGCGCCCUGAUCGCGGGCGUCUACUACCUGCGCUUCGUCGCCCGCACCGACUGCGCCUCGGUCCGCCCGGGGUCGCCCACGGACAUCAGCCUCGGCAUCUUCGGCAACGCCCGCAUCAACUACGGCCUGCCCGAGAUCAGCGUCAGCAAGACGUGCGCCAUGCUCAAGGCCAGCUUCGGCCUGGGCAUCAUGAACACCAUCUUCUUCUUCAUCACCGCCGUGCUGGCCUGGAUCCACGGCGACAACGCCGCCCGGAGCGAGCGCCGCCGCACCUACAGCCGCCACGCCAGCCGCAGUCGCCACCGCAGCCAUAGCGGCCACCGCCAUGGCGGGAGCCGGCGGAGCUCGCACUCGCACCAUCGUGCUUAUGUCUGAGGCGUGUCCGAGAGGAAAGAAGGGGAGGAACGAAAUGAAGAAAAGGAAAACGAAGAGGAAAGGGGAAUAGGGAGGGUUUGUUGCG